AUGCCCCUACACAGAACGAUCUACAACGACCAAUACGCUGUCAUCGGUACUUCGGGACCGGCUGACGGCGUGGCUGUGAUGAUACGUCAGGAUGUCCAAUACAGUAUCAGAGCUAAGACCACGAGGGUUAUCAAGGUCGAGAUUGACGACCUGGUCACCAUCAUAGGGACCUACGGACCUACGGAACAAUCGGCAGACAGGAUCAAAGCGCAGUACUGGGAUCAUUUGACUGGACUAAUAACGGAAGGGAAACCACUCUUGAUUGCUGGCGACCUGAACGCGGGGCACGAGUACACUGAGGCGAGAACUAUCAAGGGCGUGCCAAACUACACCAGACUUCAACGACUAGUGCACCAACACAACCUCACCAUAAUCAAGACACCACCCACUUGGCUAUCAAAGCGCUCCAAAGACCAGAAACCCAGCCGGACGCUGGAUCGCAUAAUUACCAGCACUAUCCCGGAUGACGACCAAGCCAGCAUCGCGCAGCUCGACUGGGAGAACGCCCCUGCUGACCACGCGAUACUUACAUACAAGUGGACUGUACGCUCUCUAAGGCAUGACCAAGGAAGACCAAAAAACGUAGCAUACACAAGGGACCCCGGCGAGCCGACGACGAAGGCCUGGGGAGAGCUGAGAACGAAACUUAAGCAGCACUUUAAACAACUGCAGAAGCCGGCGGCCAAACAAAAUGCUUACACCAGGUUAUGGGAGCAAUACAGGAAACAAAUGGGUGAAGAAGGGUUAACCCUGAUUGACCAGGAGGGGAAUGACCUAGAGCCUGCCAAAGCCAGAUCUCAGCUAAAGCAAAUGCUGUAUGAGAGAUGGGGCAUGACGGACACUAACCACAUACCAAUGAAGCGGGAAUCCAAAGUCUAUCUUGACCAACCACCCUGCAUUGACGAGAUCACAAAAGCUGUCAAGGCCAUUAACAGGAAAGCUGCCACUGGUCUAGACGGGAUACCGGCGCGACACACUGGCGACAUACCGAUUGAAGACCUUCAGCAGCUCUUUGAACAGAUAUGGACGUAUACCAAGAUACCGAGACAACUGGUGGACAUGAAAGUCAAGAUGAUACCAAAAGCGAAACCCAGAACCACUAUCGACAAUACCAGACCAAUCACCAUACCGUCAACCAUCUCGAAGGUACUGAACCAAGUCAUACUAACGCAUAUUUCGCCAUGCAUUGAGCCGCACUUACUGCCGCAACAACAUGCAUAUCGUAAAGGGAGAGGAACGGCUACGGCGGUGGCCGAGCUCUUCACCAAAUUCAACAAACCUGGACAAACGCUACUGCUGCUAGAUCUAUCGAAAGCCUUUGACACUGUCAACCACACCGCACUCUUCGCAGCACUACGUGCAACUGAUAUCCCUAGCAAGGAAUACAACCUUAUCAGAGACCAAUAUAUUGAUGCGGAAGUACGAAUACAGUGGGCUAAGAGGUAUGCACCUGCUUUCCCGCUGACGAAUGGUAUAAGACAAGGCUGUCUACUAAGUACCACCCUCUUCAACCUGGUUGAAGCGGAGAGGGAGAAGAAAUGCCGUGCCAAGAUGAAAACUAUACCUUACGACGUCAUAAUGUACGCCGACGACAAAGCAGUCAUCUUGGAUGAGCCUCAACACGUGCAACGCUUAAUGGAAGUAAAUAAGGAAACAGCAGCAGAAUAUGGUAUGCUGCAGAACAACGCCAAAACCGCCCGACUGCGUCUGGACAAAGACACGAAAGAAAUACAAACAGUCAAGUGGAUGGGGAUCCUACUUGACAACAAGAUGAGUAUGAACCAAGAGGUGAUGCACAGAAUCGGCAAAGCCAAGAAGGCAGCCGUCGACUACGCAGAAACCAUCAAGAACAUACCACCUUCGCUGAUGAACACCAAAAUCAAGGUCAGUGCGGCCUGCACGAUUAUACUGCCGCACCUGGUCUAUCUGUGGAGGGAGAUCCCCUUCACGGCACAACAGCGCGAAACGAUAACCGACACAGCCACACAACUUCUGGCCAGAGUUUUCAGCAAUACGAGUGGGGUGACUGCAACCUCCAUACUAAGACACGUCAAUGAGAUUACCAAAGGCUUAACGCCCAGAAUGAAGCAAAUAGGCAACCUCGGGGAUAUCCUGCCCACGGCAUCGAUUGAUGGUGUACCCGCGGGUACGACGGAACAGCCAGAACAAACUAACGGUACCGACAUUAAGUAUGCACGACUCGAUCAGCAAAUAGAAACACUACCUGAUAAGGGCACCGCAGCGCUGAGGGUGAAAGUGCCCAGGCUACUACUACCGACUACGGAAGCUGAGAACUUUUUCAGCCCAAGAGAGGAACCGCACUAUGAGGAGACGAGGGAUGUCUUUACCACCACACUGGAGACCUCACCACCCACUCCUGGUUUCGGCAAGGACAAAUACCAUCCACAACUGGACAAUAUGACCUUAAGACUUAGCACCGUACAAGAAGUCGAACGGGCGCAACUGACUUGCCCAUACUGCGGUGCUACAAAAACCACCAAACAAGCCGCAAGAGCACACUACACAACCGCCCAUCCUGGACUCUACCGACCCCCUGCUGACGAUCCCUGCUAUUGCAUAGCUUGCAAGAGGGUAAUGACGAAACCUUACUACAGAGAUCACCGAUGUAGAAAGCCACCACGAGAUGAAUUUGCGGAGCAGAACUGCCAGGGCUGUGGAAUUCGAUUGGCGAAUCCGCAACUUUCGGCGCACCUAAUCCACUGCGUCAAAUAUCAGGGGCGUCUAACGCCACUGAAACAGAACUCCGGAGCUUUUGACUUUGCGAAGAAGAUCCGUGACCUGAUAAAGCCAUCACCCUCAAGACUGAUACAGAAGCAAGAGCAACUGAGCAGGACCACUGCCUCUCCAAACGACAUACUUACCCAAGCCAGAAGCAGCCUGCGACCGCACACGCCAAGGGGUGGACAGCGGACGCCGGAAGCGGCACUUUCCAUACCAACGCAACCACGGCAGAAACCGGAAAUGCGAAAUCACGACCGGCAAGACGAGGCAGAGAGGAUGAGAAGAGAUACGGAGGAGAGGAUCAGAAGGGAACAAUCGACGUGUAGUCAGUGCAACAAGGAAUUAAGAUCGUCACAGGCUUUGAGGCGGCAUGACGCUCUUUAUCACCCAGGUACUGAGAGACCAAAGGGCCUGCCAAUAUACUGUACCGGUUGCGAUACACCAUUUAAGACCGCUGCGACUUUUGUGAAGCAUAGGUGUUCAGGGACUCCGGAAGAGGAGUUGGCCCCCAGACAAUGUCAUGUCUGUCAGCAGGUCACUCUGUCAAACCCCGAGUACUCCGCCCACCUACUGAGACAUCAGAUAAUCGAAGGAGACAAAACGGAUACCACGAAUGAACUCUACAAUCCGCAAGGACAUACGAAGGGAUGA